UGGAAUAAAGAGUUUUCAAGUCUGAGAUUUUGGUAAUAUAUAAAUGCUAAUCAUUUCAUCAUGUUAUCAAUGUUUCAGCCUCCAGCAAAAGGAAGAAUAUUAAUCAGGUUUUCACAUUUCGUGAACUAGCUGUUGCAACUAGCAAUUUCAGUCAUCAUUGUCUAGUGGGAGAAGGUGGAUUUGGAAGGGUGUAUAAAGGAUACAUUGAGAGCAUUGAUCAAGUCAGUCUUGUGUAUUUUAAGGAUAUGCAUGCCUAUGUUUUAUCCUAGAUCAUCUUGUAAUGAAAUUCUUUUGUUUCGUUCUUCUUCUUUUUCUUCAGAUUGUUGCUGUUAAGAAGCUAGACAGGAAAGGAUUGCAAGGAAAUAGAGAAUUCUUUUCUGAGGUCCUUACGUUAAGCAUGGUUAAACAUCUGAAUCUUGUCAAACUGAUUGGCUAUUGUGCAGAUGGUGAUCAAAAACUCUUAGUUUAUGAAUUCAUGGCCAAUGGAUCUUUGGAAAAUCACCUUCUUGAUUUACCUUCAGGAAAAGAUCCUUUGGACUGGAGUACUAGGAUGAAAAUAGCAUCAGGAGCAGCCCAAGGACUGGAAUAUUUGCACGGCGUUGCCGAUCCUCAAAUCAUCUAUCGGGAUUUCAAAGCUUCAAAUAUAUUAUUGGAUGAAGAUUUCAAUCCAAAGCUGUCUGAUUUUGGACUUGCCAAGUUGGGACCAACAGGAGGGAAGGAUCAUGUGUCUACAAGGGUGAUGGGUACAUAUGGCUACUGUGCUCCUGAAUAUCAAACGACAGGUCAGCUGACAAUAAGGUCGGAUGUGUAUAGUUUCGGUGUUGUUCUUCUGGAGAUAAUUUCAGGAAGGAGAGUUAUUGAUAUGUCAAGACCAACAGAAGAGCAUAACCUAAUUCAUUGGGCAGCGCCGCUGUUGAAGGACAGAAGUAAAUUUACAGCAAUGGCAGAUCCAUUACUAGAAGGAAACUACCCAAAAAAGAGUCUAUAUCAGGCUCUUGCAAUAGCAGCCAUGUGUGUCCAUGAAGAAGCUGAAGCCCGACCUUUGAUGGCUGAUGUCGUAACCGCACUUGAAUUUCUUACCAAACCAACUGAGGAGAAAAAAGCUACAAUGGCAUCAACAGAAAGCAUCCAUUACGUCGACUCUGUGAAAGGAGGAAAUGCCAAGGAAGAGCUAGAAGCUUAGUUGUUUUGCAGAAACCAAAAGCUACUUCUACGAUUUCAAUAUCAAUAUUAAUUUUGUCAAUAUGCUUAAAGUUCAAUGCCUUUUUAUAUUACGGUGCAACUAAUUUUACAAACCUCGUAGAUGCUGUAUUUCAUAAGUGUGUAAAUAUGUAAACGGACUGUUUUCGCCACAGGAAAAAGGUCCAGGCACUAGAAUUGCAGGAGUGUUGUUCGUUCAGAACAUCAGAAUGCCAAUGUAGAUAUAAUUUCUCUCACGAUAUAAAUGCUUGCUCUUCUUUAUCAA